GUCAAACGCCACGAGAUGAAAUAAACAGAAGAACCAGAAUUCUGUGUGCCCGCCUGUGCCUAUCCGAGGGAUUUAGUGCUACAUUUUUGGUACGAAAUUAGGAUUAAAUUACGGACCGCUAUCAUGUCGGAAUCAUUUACCCGACGAAGCAACACCGCCUGAGACUCUAAAUCGAGCCGAACUGCUUAGUUCGAGGGCAUUGCCUCAGCAGAAGAUCAUCGUCAUAGCCGAUAAAGUUGGAUUUGAACCAAACGCGGACACAGUGAUAGCUUCCUGGCUAAAGGAACAGUAUGGAGAUACGGCCGCUUCUGCCGAGCUCGUGCACCACCUCAACGAGACGACUAAAUUCCAGCUCAUGAUCAUCUCCAGCCUAGAACGACGAUUCGAACCAGCGCAACUAUUCAAAUACAUCGCACGCUGUAGAAAAACUCCCACCAUCGAACACGUUUUCGUGUGGAUUGUGGAGCAAAAGCUGCAGGAAACGUUUCUUUUGCCCUACAUCGAGCAUAUGGCUGAUAGUGUGAUCACGUUCGAGGAUACGACACACUUGUCCCUGCUGGUGAAGAAACACACUGGUGCCGUUACCAACAAAUAUUACGAGUUUGAUCCAACGAAAGACUCGUUCCUUAUCGUCGAGGUGAAACGUUCCGCGGCGGCCAAACAAGGCACAGCAUCGAAGGAAGCGGACGAUCCACCUGCACCGAAUCCUGCCGCGCUUGGUACCUUCAAAAUCGACCUCAAGGAUGAAGAGAUGGCAGCUAAGAACGCUCUUACGUUGCCGUUUGAAUUCUUCAAAACGCUCCCGGAAGGAGGCAAAAUCCUGUACCAUCCCGAUGCGGAAGAUGACCUGGACGAGGAGGAUCCCGACGAUGAUCUAUUGAUAUGAGUGUCCACAAAAAUACACGCCUAUAGGACAGUAGGUUUGUUUUGGUAAAUCGAUGCUUUAUUUCACGCGAUAAUUUGAUAGUAUUUUGCUUUGUAUAGCGCGGGGAGGGGUCCAUUACAAACAGCGACGAUUUAAAUUUGACAGGCUAAAA